AUGCCGCCCCUGGCGCUUUGGUCUCGCGAGAGGGGAGCGGGCUGCCGCUGCGCAGGGAACUCCGCCCCCUCCUCAGGCCGGAAACCGCGCUCUGUAAAGCGGCCCCCGCUGCGGCCUUUCAGGGGGCGCAUGCGCUCUAGAGCACAGGUGCCUCACGUUUUCGCACCAGGGCCCAGUUCUGAGGAAGACAGAUUUUCCAAGGACACGGGAGUGCGGAGUGGUUUCAGGAUGAUUCACAUGCAUUGCAUUUACCGUGCACGUUAG